ACAUUCUUUUCGUACACCCGCGGCGCGGUGCGGCUUGUCGUCGAAAUUACGGCGAUUUCCGGCUUCGAUCUUUAAAGCGAAGAAAAUUGCUAACAAGAUAUCGCAAAGUAAGAUAACUCACGAAGUAACAAUCUAGACAACAAUUGUUAUUUUGGCUAAAAAUAUUCGCGCGACAGAGCGCUGAUUUCUGAUACAAUGAGGAACGUGUCGCGCUCUCUGUCUCUCUCUCUCUCUCUCUCUCUCUCUCUCUCUCUCUCUCUCUCUCUCCUCUCAAUUAAAAAUAUUCAACAUAUUAAUUUUCUCGAAGCUUCGCCGAAUGUAGCAAAUGUGACAAAGUAAGGUCUCGAGAUAGCGACAGAGGACUCGUAGGCUAAAAGAUGUGUAUGAAUUUUUUAUGAGCCAACUACGAUUUGGCGGGCACGCAACGGGUAUACGUAUAUGUGUCCGAACAACGAAAGCUUUGUUAUUGUAAAGUAAAACGUUGUCAGAAACGUUGUGCUCCUUGUUUGUAAACCGGGAUAACAAGAUCACCUGCCGUCUGCCUGACAAUCUUUUCCUGUUACCGAGGUAAUACGUAUCUUCUCUCACGGGAGCGUAUCUCCUCUCUGCGUGUGAUAGCUAACAACACGUUGCACAUUCUCACCCAACUUGCGCUAUCGUAUAUCUGUCGUGGACUUUUCCUGCCUUCAAUCCCUUGCGUCUCCGCGCCAUGCGUGACGAACGUCUACUUACACUUUGCGCAAUCUCAGAGAGAAAUGUUAAUUGAAAUCUUAAAAGAAAAAAAAUCACUCUACAAACUCCAUUCGCCUUACUUCGUCAUUUUAUCUCUCUCGACACACCCUGUAUAUAUCGGCGCCCGGGACGUUUCUUUUCCGGAGAGCCCUUUGUUUAAUUGCGACAGACAGUCGGCAAGCUCGAGACGGCGCGGCGGUCAAUCAUUUUAUUUGCGAAAUGUUAAGUGGCGCUAACAAUACAAAACGCACACAACACGCGGUGAUAAUUGCUUGAUACUCGCGCGCGGCGAUUACGGCGAUUACGGCUAUGCCCGAAGAGAGUGAACCGUACCGUGAACGUAUAUGUAUAAUCGCGAGAAACGGGAAUUGCAAUUUCCCCAACACCAUGUACGCGUAAUCGGGAACGUUAUACGGAAACGGCGGCAUGCGAUUUGCAUAAUCGCGUGAUCGACGCCACUUUUCACAGCACUUUCCCAUGUUGCACAUGUUUUCUCGGUGCUCUGAAAUCAUCUCUCGCGGAAGAGUAUGCACAUUUCAUAUUCUCUUUUUCUCUCUCUUAUUCUUACACGCACGCACGCGCGCGCGCACACGCACACACACAUGCACACACGCACACGCACACGCACACGCACGCACGCACACGCGCACGCACGCACACGCGCACGCACGCACACAUUAGAAAACGCAAAUUGUAAAGAGUCUGAGAGCGAACGGGAUGCACUCAAUCAGUGCUGGAAAUGAUUAGCGAAACCAUUUAUCGUUACUAGCGAGCCAAAAUAAUGCCAACAUUUGCAUCAAUAAAUGAAUUUGAACGAAUGACUCGACACUGAUUCCAAGACACCGAGCGCAUAAUUUUGCGCUCGAGUUCAUUACGCUAUUCCUAACUUACGGUUUAACUUAUCAGUGGGUUAUCAAAUGAAAGCAAAUAAUUGCGUGUCCGACAAAUAGGUCAACUAAUGAGAUAAUAUUCCUCGUUACUAUUACUUUAUGCCCCGACUGUCUGGAAUUUACAUUUCUUUUGACAUUUCUUCCGCGAACGGGGCAGGAAGACACUCGUCAUUUACACUUUGGAUAAACAUUUCCUCGAAUCGUUCGAUAUUCGCGAUGGAUAUGGCGACGACGAAGGAACGUAGAAGGAACGUAAGUUACGAAAUUUGUCUUACGCUGAUACCUUUUCCGUGACGAUAUUGGUACGAUACGCGGUGAUUGAUCAUUUUUCUCUCAAAUCCGAUCGUCACAAGUGGAAAACUUGAAUUGAAAUAUAGAUAAAAUCAAAAUACGUGCCAUAUAUGAUAAAUACACAUGUGUUACGGGCGAGACGAGAGCACAAUUAAUCCGUCUUGUGUGCGCCGGUGGCACCAGAUACAAUUCCGUCCACACGUGGGGGGAAAAAGUGCCGAGUAACGUUCAGCAAUAAAGUUUAUGAUCGAGUGGCGCUCCCGCGAAAGUAGAUAAUAACUGUAUCAUUAAGAAGGCGCGCGCGCACAGCGUUAUUCAUUUCUCGUUUACUUAAUUGAUAGACGAAGCGUAGAACAGAAACGGAGCUAGGCGAUAAAACAAUAAGCUCCUCGACUUUCUUCGCGAAGAAAGCCGAUUCGAUCCUAAAUUACUUCAUCGCAAUCAUUGACGAUCCUAUGUGUUCGUCCUCGAAGCAAAUAGAAAAUUAUUAUGUCAUCUAUUUUUCGCGAAACAACUGGCACUAAGAUUCUUCAGCGCGUGUAAGACGUUUAAGGGGCAUUUUCACGUGCGAAACAAACCGCAAGUUACAUAUCUCGCCCGUUCGCGAGCAUGGAGAAAGGCACAAAAGGAAAGGGAAAAGAGAGGAAAGAAGAAAGAAAGACAGAUAACGAUCCAGCUACGCGAUCGCACGUCUCGUCACGGGUAAUCUGGCGCAACCCGACAGAUUAUUUUUCUCUCCCCCUCUUCCCUCCCCCCCCUCCUCUGUACUUCUUAUUUCUCACUCGCGCUUUCUUCAAUUGCUCCCCAGCAAUAAUCCUUUAUUUACUGGUCGGUGGCGACACGCUGCCAUUCCAAUGUCUUCGCACACAAUUACCCGCGUUUGUUAUCAUCUGCGACGCCUCGGUGGCUGCGCGACGACGCACAGUGCGUACAGAGAGCGAAAUUUCUCCAAUCAGUAGCAGGACGAAAACACUUUAUCCGGUCCCAUGUAAAUACGAAGGCAUUUAACUCCAGAGUUAAUGCUACUGUAGCUGAGAAUUCGCUCAAGUGCAAUUCAAGUUUGAUACUUUUGUUAUUAAAAUUUUGAUAGCUUAAAAUAUUAAUAUUUAAUAAGAUUUUGUUUGUAUUAAAAUAAUCUUGAAUUAAUCUGACACUUUUCUUUUGUAAUCUAUAUGUAUAGUUGAAAAAAGUGUAAAGAACUCUUAAUUAUGUGGAUGAAUUUUAACCUAGAGUAAUGUUAACGUAAGAAAAAUAUGAGUAAAACUCCAGGGUUAUUGUUCUUGAUACAUGCUACGCACAUGACGCUGCAUACAGGGUGACUCUUAAUUACGUAGCGAGGGAGCGGACUAUGAAAAGAGCGAAUCUGAAAUGCAAAACAAGAAAAGAGAGGUUCAUGUUCGAAUAUGGAGUACGUUGUUUUUACUUUCCAAAUUGUAAUAAAUUUAAAUUAUACAUACGCAAGAGCUUAGAAUCAUUCACUUUUUUAAUUUAUUUAAAUUUAUUCAUUUACAAUCUCACGAACGCAAUGAAGAUCAAAGUCUUACUUCCGUUAACGUUUCAGUUUCCCCUCUCAUUGUUAGCUGUUUUUUUUUUAUUCUUUUAUUUUUAAUUUUAUAAAGUCUAAUGUGUUUUGCCACGGUGAAAAAAUAGAAAUCGCGUAAGAGUAGAAAGAAAAAAAGGACCGAAAUAAGCUUUCGAUAGCUGCAGUGAGCACUUUGUCUUCUUUCUUUUAGCAUAGGACUGGUUCCGCGAGGUAUGCAUGAUAUAUUUCGCUCCACUCUUUAUUAGACCUUUAUUAGAGUUUCGAUCCAAAGCUCCGAUCAUUGACGCUGGUUGAGCGAGCUAAGAAUAGUCUAUUCGUAAAGCGUAGAACAGGUUCAAAUGUUGGACAUGAAGUUUUACAAAAAAUAAGUAAAUUAAAUAGAAAAUAGAAAUCAAUUCUGCAUAAAAUUAAAUUUUUACUAAUUAUGAUACUUAACGUUUUUAAACUGUUUUUUUACAUCUUGCUAUAAUAAGUUUGCGAAGACAGAUAUCGUUGCUAUAAUAAGUUUGCAAAGAGCAGAUAUCGUUACAGUUGAUGAAUAUAGAUGAAUGAAUAUCCCAUCGAGGAUUAUAUUAAAUAGGAAUUAAUUGUUAUUUCGUAAUUUCUCGUUGACAGUGUUCAGAGUUCUUAUUUUCUAACAUAUUUGUUAUUUACUUGCAUGCUGUAAUAACACGUAAAUGUUCGCUAACUGAUCAAGCGUCGAAUUUAACAUUUUCUUAACGAUUUUUCGAAAUGUGCAUAUAAAGUAAGAUAUUAUAGAAUAGAGUGAAUGUGAGCAAAAGGUAAAUAAAGAUCGGAAUCACGUUAUUAGGGAAGAAUGCGGCUUCGUCGGAACGCGACGUUCUAUGUUCCUCGAUAGAUACCACAUCCUUGAAAGACUCCCAUCGCCGGUGGGAGACAGGAAUAUCGCGCCGACUAUGAGACGGUACUAACGUAGCGGUGCGCUUAAUUAAAGUCAUUAAUGAGGAGGAACAAUGUAGCCGGUCAAGGAGCUCGGGACGCGUCCCGUGUACACGGAAAUCGCUAUAAGAAAACGUUGUGGAAUGUGGCGCCGCUUGCCUGCCUGCCUCCCGUUCGUUUCCCCGGGCAUUUUCUCCCUCAACGAAAAUCGCGUGUUUUUGUCCGCGGUCGUCCUCGUUGAGCGCGACGAGCAAUUUAUUGUCAUUUUUCCGAAAACAGCGUUAUUAUCUUAAUCGUACUCUUUAUUUAUCCGCGAACAUAAAGGGGAAUGCGAAAGAUAUGGUGAGAGGUACACGAUAAAAGUGAAGAUACGUGAAGAAUAUAUAUACGCACACACGCACACAAGUGAAUUUAUUUCAAUAGAUUCUGUCCGUAGUUACACACUUGACGCGAAGAAUUACGGAGCUAAGGAACAAUUCAAGUUCAAAGUUCGAGCUCAAGUUAGUCGAAGAAUUCACGGGGGAUUCGAUUGGAGGAUGCUGCUGUCCGGAGUGUGGUUCGAGACCAUCGCAGCGGCGCUGCUCGCGAUCCUGGUGUUGGCUACCGGCUAUCGACCGCCCUGGUGGUUCUGGACCAGGAACUACAACGCGAACGCCGACGACAACACAGGUGACAACGGCAGAAAGUUCAAAACGGCGCGUGACGUGCCGGGUCCGUUCGCUCUACCGAUUUUGGGCACCAGAUGGAUAUACUCCCGUUUCGGUUACUAUCGCUUGAAUAAGAUUCACGAGGCAUAUAAAGAUUUGAAUCAGCGAUACGGGCCGUUGUGCAAGGAGGAGGCGCUGUGGAAUUGCCUCGUGGUCUCCGUGUUCUCCCGUCGCGACAUCGAAGCUGUCCUCAAGCGAGGCUCGAGGUACCCGCUUCGUCCUCCGCAGGAGGUCAUAUCCCACUACCGGCGCUCCCGGCGCGAUCGUUACACCAACCUUGGUCUGGUCAAUGAACAAGGCGCGACAUGGCAGAAGCUUCGGGCCGCCUUAACGCCGGAGCUCACCGGUGCCGGUACUGUAUUUGGUUUCUUUCCGGCGCUCAAUAUCGUCACCGAUGGAUUCAUCGAUCUAAUCCGAGAACGCAGAACGAGCCGCUUAACCGUGAGAGGCUUCGAAGAGCUCGCUUACAGAAUGGGACUCGAGAGUACGUGCACGCUGAUCCUGGGACGUCACCUAGGCUUCCUAAAGCCAAAUUCCAGCAGCACGCUCACAACGAGAUUAGCGGAAGCGGUCAGGAUUCACUUCACGGCCUCGCGCGACGCCUUUUACGGCCUGCCGCUUUGGAAGCUGCUACCGACAUCCGCGUACAAGCAGCUAAUAGAGAGCGAGGACACUAUAUACAACAUUAUCUCGGAUCUCGUAGAGGCGACCAUGUUGGAGAAACAGGACGACGCCAGAGAUGAGUCCGUCGAAGCGGUGUUUCUCUCUAUUUUGCGACAGAAAGAUCUCGAUAUGAGAGAUAAGAAAGCUGCUAUAGUGGAUUUCAUAGCGGCAGGAAUACACACACUAGGCAACACGCUGGUGUUCCUUUUCAACUUGAUCGGCCGUAACCCCGAGGUGCAAGAAACUCUUUACAACGAGGCACGAUCCCUGGCGCCUCCCGGUUGCGAUCUCACAGUGGACGAUCUGCGAAAGGCCAAAUACUUACGCGCGUGCAUCACAGAAUCCUUCAGAAUCGUACCUACGACACCUUGCAUAGCGCGUAUACUAGAUGAGCCUAUAGAACUGGAAGGAUAUCGCCUUGAUCCUGGAACUGUGGUAUUAUUGCAUACGUGGAUAGCUGGAUUGAGUGACGAUAAUUUCAAAGAUGCGUCCAAAUGUCUGCCAGAAAGAUGGCUGAAACCAAUGGCACCCCAUUCGCCGCUAUUGGUAGCUCCCUUCGGAGCUGGUAGAAGAAUAUGCCCAGGGAAACGUUUUGUAGAACUUGCGCUGCAGCUUAUUCUAGCAAAGAUCGUUCGAGAAUUUGAAAUCGUCGUCGAGGAAGAACUCGGCUUGCAGUUCGAGUUUAUUCUUGCACCGCAAAGUCCCGUGUCGCUCGGAUUUCGAGAUCGUGAGUCGAGGGCCGAGAUGACCUGAACGAUUUUUCACGAUUCAUCGGCGACUGUUUAUCGAACAUUUGAAUGUUAAUCGAGUGAACGAAUGAUCGCUCGAGUGUCGUCGAGUGAAGUUCAGGUUUCACUUCCUUGCGCGAAUUGAACUGGUUCGGCCUCAUUUUUUUUUCAUUGAUUGAUUUUCGAGCGUUAUUAUUUUACAUUUGUGUGUGUGUGUGUAUGUGUGUGUGUAUUAUUUGUAAUAGGGCGGUUUAAUCUUUUAAUUCGUUGAAAGGAACUCCGUUCGUCCGUUGAGGGUAUUCAUUGUUUACUCUUGCUUAAUGUUACGAUAUUUUGUACAUCUAACUGUAGGAGCGUAAACAUUGGGAUCUUCCUACCUUUUAAGACAUUGACGCACAUUGCUUGCAAUACCCCGUAUCACUUUCCUACUUCGCAUCAUUCUCAAUUCUUUUCUCUAUAUUUUUUCCCCCGUGUACCGUAAGAAAACUGCGCGCACAAAAUGAAGUCACAGAGCUCGCGUUACUUUAUAUUUAUAAUAAAUUAAUUAAAGAUAUAACUAUUAAUAUUUGAGAAAAAGAUGCGGCGGUGAUGUAAUUGCAAAUGUGCCCACGAGUUCCUUAACCGCCCUAUUUAGUUUUAUUCAUAAUAACUAGCAAUAAUAGUUAAUUAAUUAAUGUAUAUAGAAUCGCAAAGAAAUGUUGAUCUUGUGUUAUAUAGAAAGCUAUAUAUAUAUGGUAAUGUCGAGACAUUUGAUAAUUUAUUAACGAUUUGAAUUUUGUUUGUCAAACUAUGUCAUUCUGUAUAGCUAUCGAGACCAACAAUCCGGAGGGAGGGGAGAGGGAAGGAGGGAGAAGGGGAGUCGAGUUAAUCUGUGUCAAAAUCACGGUAUAAUCGCCCCUCCCCCCUUUCGCACAGUAAUUAGAUUUGUCAGGCACAUAGAAAGCAGCAAGCUUAAUUAUAAUUUAUAGUUAUUUAUUUCUAAGCUGCAGAUUCCGUUUAUAGCGAAAGCGAGACGAACCUGAUACCGCCUGUCGAUUGCGCGCACCGGUUGACUAGCCGUUAGCUGUUAUAUUUACGUACCGUACGAAAGAUUUAUAUGCAACGCGUAAUCCGUUGACAAUCGAAAAAAAAGUCAGUUUUUUUUCGAUUAUUACGCUUUUUAGAAAGCGCCGGUGCCGAAUUAUACUCGGAGAGGGAUCUCAUUAAACAUCUCUUUCGGAUAAACACGGUUCUUUUGAUUCAAUUUGAAAAUAGAUCGUUGAUGAAAAUGAUCAUUGAUUUACAUUUUUGUACAUAAAAUAUGUAGAUACUUCUUGUUGAAUGUGGUGGCAUAAAGCAUAUACGUAUAUAUAAAAUGGUGCAAUAUGCGGAUUAUUCGUGUUUGCAAUUAUUCAGCAAACUUUUAGUUUUGUUCUUUUUCGCAAAUUAUAUAUAAUUAAUUGUAAAUUUAUUUAAUAAUGUCACGCAGUUUUUCUGCAUCGUAUUUCGAAUUGCAUUAUCAUGUAAUAUGUUAAUUUAUUUGUCGGACAUAUAUUCUACAAUAUAUUUAUCUUUGUUAACGGUAAGAAUUAUAUAAUAUAUCGUACAUGCA